UGCAGCAGUGUGUGCGGUCUCUGUUCUUGUGUUUGUGUCGGUCUUGAUUCCUUGUUUUUUCUCUCUAUCUUCCUCAUCACUCGCAGCGUUCUCUCUCUAGAUCAUAAGCCAAAUUUCGAUUUCGCUACUCGUCUUUCAUUUCUACCAUCAUUUGAUCUUGCUCUGUCUCUGUCUAUCUCUCUCACGACCUUUCUUUCUCUCUUGGUGUAUCGUGCGUCGUCAAUCAUUUCCAUAAUCGAUAUUUCGUACACUAACUGUACUGAAAAUCUGUGAUUCGCCGUCCCCUUCUCCAAGUCUUUCCUAACUCUAGUCUAUUUUCUUCAUCUACGAAUCCGAUCUCAUUAGGAUUUUUAGCUCCAAAUCGUGAUCACCCUUUUGAGGUAUCGAGCUAUAGUCAUCUGGGUUUCUCUUAGAUCAUCAAAAUAGCUAGUGAAAAUGGUGGAUCCAAGUGAAAUAGGAUCAGAGUCUGAGGGCACAAAUAGGAAAUACCCAGAUGGAGAAUCAUCAAUAGAGAGCCCAAACGACCACGGAAAGAAGACAUGCGCAGACUGUGGCACCACCAAGACUCCUCUUUGGAGAGGCGGUCCAGCCGGGCCCAAGUCACUGUGUAAUGCUUGUGGGAUCAGGAGCAGAAAGAAGAGGAGAGCUAUAUUGGGUCCUAACAAAACAGAGGAAAAGAAAGCAAGAAAAGGCAAUAACAAUAAGCUUGGUGAUGGAUUGAAGCAGAGAUUGUGGGCCUUGGGUAGGGAUGUGAUGAUGCAGAGAUCAACGGUGGAGAAGCAACGGAGGAAGCUAGGAGAGGAAGAACAGGCUGCUGUGCUAUUGAUGGCAUUGUCUUAUGGUUCUGUUUAUGCCUAGGUGUUUGUCUCUUUUUUUGGGGAAAUAAUGAAAUAUCAAGAAUUCAAAAUGAAUUCAAAAAUAUGUUCUUACCCAAUUUGUAAUUUUGGGUUGAUGUGGUCUGCAAUUUUUUGAACGUUUGUUAGGUUUAUAAUUUUCUAGUAUUAUUACUAACUUGUAUGGUGGGGUUUUGGAGGGGAAGGGGUUGGAGGAGAAAGUGUAAGAAAGUGAAGAUUUCAUUCUAUUUUUCCUAACAUAGUGUAAUUUAUGUUUGUUGUCACUUUAGCCUU